AUGUAUGCCUGCGAUUGGAUGCUGGGCAUGGCGGAAAUCCAAUUCCGUAGUUUUUGCAUUUCGUCAUUCCUCGCCAGGCUGGGACACCCCUGGUCUAAUCACCACGGCAUAGAGCAGGCGGACGCAUACUGGGGGCCCGCCCUCCGCAAUCCUGGGCCAGGCCGGGUCUCAAAGCCGAAUCCCUUAACCGUUUAUGAUAAAGGAAAGGUCACCAACGGCACGAGUCAGCUCAGCAUGUGA